GCCGACUCUUCACAGCACACAAUCUCACAAGAUUCAACAUAGCGGCUGCGCAAGCACAACUUCCUCCCUCGAGUGACGCAUUAAAGGCGAAGAAGGAGCAGGCCGUGCAUCUCCAGAGACUCCAAAGCUUUAUGCACGUCAUGAACGCAGGAUUUCCAGGCGGGGGUGCAGAAGACCUGCAGGCGUGCACGCUUGCUUGAAGCGGCCCAGGAAGUAAAAGGCGUGCAGCUGCCAGAUUGGCUUCCUCUUGUGCAGACCUCUUUGUCAAGCCCUGCAUCACAAUGGGGAAUACAAACAACCGCUCCUCAGCAGGUUCUCCUUUUGAUUUCUUCCAAACUCACCUGACGCCCUCAGAGGCAGAUGUGACGACCAUGGCCAUAUCCUCCGAAACCUCCUCCCACAGGCCGCAAACGCCCUCACUCGAAAUGCCCCCGCACGACUCUCACGCCACCACCUUCGCAGUAACGGACUGGGCGCAGAGGCUCUCCCCUCCCUCCGAAUGGGCCAUCUUGAGCGUAGACGGCAGCAUCAAGUCUCCGAACGUGAGUGGCGAAGUGGCUGGCCACGACGAGGCCCCGGUGGUCAGUCUGUGCAGCCUGACAUCACUGAAUUCGUCCAGGGUGUGGCCUUUGGAGCAGAGCUGGCAGGAGAAGGACAGCGGGCUGGAGCCCCAGGCUGCGGCCGAGAGGUCCGGGAAGAAGCUGAGCCGGGCCUUGCUCCGCCUGAUUGAGCGCCAUUGUACUUUGUUGGGCCUCAGCCUAGACAUGGAUACCACCGUGGUAGCUGUAGAGCUGGUCAAACAGUUGAUAACGGAAAGAGACAAACUAGCCGAGGAGGUGAACAGCCUGCGAGAGACUCUAAACAAUGAGAAGUCGGAGUGGCAGCAGUUCCAGUGUGACCUACAUGUGGCCGUGUCCGUAGCCGAAGGACUGCGGGCGGAAUCGGAGCAAGCCCGAAGCCAGCUCCAGGAGGACCACAAGAGUUUGCAGGAGGAGCUGGCCCAGGCCCUGGGAAGGGAGCUGGAGAUGCAGCGGGAGCUGAAAUGUCUGUGCUCCCAACACACUGAUGUGUGCCGCAGAUUGGGCUCGCUUGAAAAGCAGCAGCCAAUGGACAGAAGAUUCACAGAAGACAAAAGCCACCCUGCGGAGGGUCAUGCGAUGAAAAUGCACUACGUUAUGGAGGAAGCUGACAUGAAAAGUGUUCACAAACAAGAGGAGCAUGAAGCUAAUGAAAAGAUGGAUGCAAAAAGAUCUGCAAACUCACAGCUGACGGGCAAGGGUAUAGUGAAGGUAUACGUGGAUGCGCUGGAGAAGAAAAAAGGAGAGCGUGAUCCAAGGAGGAGUCUGUCCCGUAUUCCAUUGCCUGUUGACUCUUCCUGUCACAAUAAUAACUUGAUUAAAACGAGCUCAACAUUGCCACAACGCAAGAAAGAAGAGCCACCACAAGGGAGGAAGAUGGCGCACAUUUUCAAGCGCCAUGACAGCUGGUCAAGCUGUCACACAGGAAAACUGGAUGAUGCGCCUUCCGAUAUCAAACCCGCGAAUGGAUUGUGCGCUCAGCUACGGCGUCACGGCGGCUCCAAAAGAAACUCCCUGCUGAGCUGGUGUCAAAGUCGUACUGAAGGCUAUCAGUAUAUUGAGAUCACGAACUUCAGCACCUGCUGGCAGGACGGUUUGGCCUUCUGUGCCGUGUAUCAUACUUAUCUGCCUACUCGCAUCCCUUACAACAGCCUCGACCCAGCAGAGAAGAAGGAAAAUUUGGAUCUCGCUUUUAAGACGGGAGAGUCUGUUGGGAUCACAACCACUCUGUCUGUGGAGGAGAUGCUGAAGGAGGAUGGUCCAGAAUGGCAGAAAGUACUGUGUUAUGUCGAAAGCAUAUUUCAUCACUUUGUCAGAUAUGAGGUAGCAACCACCCAAGGCUAUGACUGUGUGUCUGCAAUAUGACCAGAAUUUAUCGUUUUAUGGUGCCGCUCACUCCUCUUGCGCCGUCAUGCUUCACAGCUCCCCAAUAUAAGAACCUUGACUGGGUUUCUUUCUUUUUUUUCUCCCCCUCCCCAAUGAUGUCGCUCACACUGGGUAAGAUAAGCAGCCAGGAUGUUGCACUGACUGUACCCCAUGUUACAAAAAAAGUAUGAGACAAGCAUGAAUAUAACUGAACUCCUCAUUUGUUUUGUUGGGCCUUGAAGCACUGGUUUGCACUAAAUUUCUUUAAGAAAAUUAACACUUUAAUGGAGACUAUUUUUGGAAUAGGGACACUUAGUGUUGUUUAUCUUGGCCGAUAAGCGGCAUCAUCUGCUGUGAUUGUCACAUUCACUGCAUGCAGCCAAACUCGAAGACUGAAUUUUAUAUGUUAAAAUGUUUGACGUCUGAGGAACAUUUUAGGAAAAUGCAUU